AUGGGUUACAAAGAAUCAGACAAUGUGUUCCGUGAUCCCUUUUCGCGUCGUCUGUCCCAUUCCAACAAUCCGAAGACUUUCUGGGACACUUUUCUGAGUUCAACGGUCUCUGCGCUUUUGGUAAGUCAGCUAAGUUCAACCAAGGAAAGAGUAAGGCAAGUUCGCGCGAGCUCGGUUUCUAAGGAUACCUGGCUUCAAAGCCAGCUGAGAUGGGGGUCAUUGUACGAUCCAUCCCAAUAACCUCCUGGUUCUCCAUUUCCUCGAGCGCUGAAUAAUCGCCGCCGGGUGGGCCAGGCUUCUUUAAAACAUUAUUUCCAUUUCCUUUUCCCGUAAUUGACGCACCGUGCUGGCUACAAAACCCUUUCCGUACCUCAGGGCAGGAGCGGGAAGGCAUUAAUAAUUCUUGGAUAUUUACAUUCUUUUUUGGAAAUUUGGGUUUGGUGGCAAAGGUUGAGGGAUCUAAUUCAGACAAUUAUCGAGUCGCGGGGAUACUGCGGGAUUAGCGAAAGCGCAUUAAUUGAGCUGGCAAUGAAGGAAACGGCUCACCUUUGUUCCAAUUUAAUCUACACAUAAAUUUGCCCUUAGGGAAAGUUGCGACAACACCCGCGACAAAUUACGAUUCCGCCUGCCUUGGGAGAGGUAGGAAGAAAGUGAACAAAGUCGGACGAUUAUUUGAGGUAAUUCUUAUAAGUCGGUCGACCUGAGCUGCCCCCUCCACCCCACCUUCAUCUUCUCCUUUCCUGCUUAUAGCCAGCCUCUCGACCCCAUCUGAUGUUUGUUUAAUCGCGAGCCAGCCAGCCCUAAAUAUGCAGGGCAAUAUAUGGAAAUGGUGUCUUCUUCCCUUCGUUCCGAUGUAACCCGGGCGAUUUUUUAGGUCAGGGGAGAAGAUUUUCACGCCAAGAAGGAGCCGGGGCAUGAACUCGCCCUCGCCUCCACCCUCCCCCGAAUAAACAUCUAAUAAGCAUGUCCGAAUGAAUUCUCCCUUGAUGCGCCCUCACUUUACCACUUUACAUUCCAACUUUAUGAUUAUUUUACAUUUAUUUCAGACUUUGGCCUUGGUCUGGAAGAUCAUUCUGGAGCGGUCUGGAAUGACCGACAAAUUGGAGGAGGCCAAGGAUGCCAAAGAAGAAAAAGAGAAAGAGAAAAGAAAGGAAAAGAAAGCCGACGAUGAAGAUAAAAAUGAUGAAACUGGAUCAGUAAAAUCUUCAUCUUCUUCGUCAUCAUCAUCCUCCUCUACGUCGAGUACAGACUCCUUCAAAUCAGCCGAAAAGGCAGAUUCCUCAAAAGGAGUAGGCCAUCUGUUGGAGACUGAUGUGAUCCCGGAGAUCCAGACAAUUGGAGUCCAAAGGGAUGCUCAAGAAGAAUGGGGAGAGCCGAGUUACCUCCAAUUCGAAGAGAACCCGGCCUUAUAUGGACGACUCGACUCGAUCACCGAGGUAAGGGCGGCAUUGACCUUUUAGGGGCACUGUGCCGCGCUUCGAGACUCUCGAUCUAAGUGGGGAAGGAAAGGAAUUGGGAUCGCUCUGUUUUUUAGAGGUCCGUUUGAGGUUAUCUUCACUUAGCGCUAGCAUUUGAAAUUUUCAUUCUGCGUAUUUUAUAUAUUAUUAUAUCAUACAAUUUGCGGAUGUUUGAAUAUUUUUAAAGUUGGUUCUUGAAUAUUUGGUAUUUUAACCCCAUCCAAGGCUUCGAAAACUUUAAUGGUUGUUUUCCGUUGAUAAUACCAACCCCGAACAGAACGCAUCUUGCCUCGAAUUUUUUUUUCAUUCUCCAUUUCUUAUCUGAGAGCCACAUUAUUACUCUCAUAACUUGUUAUUAUGCAAUUCCAGGAGGACAGCGACGACGUUCGAAGCCAGAGCAGCGAAUCCUCCCAACGGAUUCCGUUGUCUUCUGAAGUCGCGGCGGAAGUGACAAGACGUCUGAAUACGAUUUUAUCUCAACAACAAUCUGAUCCCGAGGAGUCGCCGAGGAUCGUUGAAUUAAGUUCGGACUCAUCGGAAGUUACACCUAAAGUCGAGAAGCUGGUGGUCGAUAAAUUGGAAGAGUUCUCAGAACUAAAACCGAACCCUGAGAUCGAGGCGGUUCCGUGGGGUCGAGAAGAUCGUUCAGAAUCUGUUUCCACUCGAGAUUCCAUGGUUUCUGUGAUUCAAGUCUCCAAAGAGAUAAAAUCUCCAGAAUCGGUAGGUUCUCUUUCUCGUUUGGUAAAUACCGAAAACAGGAAGAAAUGGGGAUGAGUCACUUCUCACCUCCCCAUCUACCUGAAGGCAUAUUGGCUAUUCCUACAGGCGAAGGAAAUGAUUAACUCUAUAUAUUUUGACGAAAAUGUUGAUUUAUCUUUUUCUCUGGGUUAAGAAUUUUUGUGUAUGGUUUAAUGUCUAGUCACUGUAGUACAAAAUAACAUAUUUUCCUCGUAACGGAUCAUAAUUUAUCCCAAGGACGGGCAUGAGCCUUUGAAAGCGCGAGAACACCUCAUGUUUACUCCUUUUUUACUGCCCUCCACUACUUUUUAAGCCCUUUAACAGAGCUCUUUUCCAGAUGGACGCCGACCUGGACCGGGACCAGACCGAGAUGCUAGUCUCGAAUGCGGACCAGUUCUCCUGUUUCACUCCGUAAGUCUCGAAGAUGACUGAUAAGAGAAUCAACAAGGCGUCCUUGAAGGGGCGAGGGCCUUUUUUAUUUUCUAUUUUUAUGGCGCUGAGGCAGGAAAGAUGACACCCACGUUUACAUUGCGCUCUCUUGCGCGGCCUCCCGGAGGGGUUCGGCUGAUCUGAGGGGUUUAGGCUCAGGUGUUGCAAACGGAAGUUCAAAUUUAUGGGAGAGGGUUUGUGAGAAGGGUUGAGGUAAUGGGCCCAUUGGAAACUUGAAGCUGGGACCCGAAAAAAACAUGUUUAUAAAUUUUGUGCUUUCUUAGUUAAAAUUUUUUGCUGCAAAUUUUCGAAAAUUUGUUAGGUAAGCGAAAAAUAAGAGUCAUCUUUUAGAACAGUGAUUUCGAUUUCAAAAAAAAAUAUUUGCAAUCCAUCGACUUACUGUAUUUAUCAUCGAUUUUUUGCCCACAAUUUGUCGUAGAAUUUUUUCGAUGACAACUGUUUUUUAAAAAUGUUCGAACUCUUAACUUUACUGAAGAUCAACGGAGGAUGGACGGUUAGGUCAGCGCUGACUUGGUGCGCCUGACAAACCGUCCAUCCUCCAUUUAUCUCUGAUUGCCCCUCGCAGUAACACCCCUUGUUUAUUUCCUUACCCUUUUUUUACUUUCCGCUUUCCCUUGCCUCCAAAUUUUUUUGGAGCUUGAAUCUGAAGGUCAUCUGAAACCCGAAAACGGGCGUUGGCUUAAAAUAUUUGAAUAAGAAAUUGCAGAGAGGAAGGACGUUGCGUCUCCAAUACCUCCAUGUCAAUCACAUUGGAUCAGAGUAAGGACUCUCUGCUGGAUCAAUCGGUGUGCUCCAAUCCCCAAGAUGAAAGUGUAAUUGUGCAACAGAAUCUGCAGCAGUUGAAAGAAAGGUAAGACCAUUUAAUUUUCAUAGAUAUCAGGUAGAGAAAAUAGAUUCUUCCGUAAGCUGCUCGACUUUUAAUUGUUUGAUUUGGAGAAUGCAAAACUGAUAAGACCAGAAAAGAAAUAACUCUUGAAUCUCUUGAUAAAAAUUAUCAAAAAUUUUUACGAAAUAUUGGGGAUUACAAUAAAAUUUUUAGUAAUCAAAGUGACGACGAGGAUCUUCCCCCUCCGCCGACAGAAAAUAAAGCAGAAGAAGUCACAAAGACACAAAUUACGACGACGAUAACAACUGCAGAAACCGGCAAUACUCACACUGGUUCUGCUACACCUACUACUACAACAAAGACAGAAACGAAAACUCAGCAUCGAUGUGGGCCUGAAAGAUUGGCCAGUAUGGUGUAUGGCUAUGGAGAAAAGUCCCCGUUGUUAUGGAAGAGUCUGAACCCAGAAAAGGACGAGAAUAAGGAGCCUGCAAAGACCCUGGAAGAACCUUAUCUCAAGGAUUCUUAUGUUAAAACAUCAUAUUCGAGUUCAUUCAGACCUCCGCCAGUAUUCGGAGCUUCUUUGGCAAGUCACGGUGAGUCUGUGGUAGUUGUAAUUGCAAGAGCUAUCGAAACAUAUUAGGAUUGGAAAAAAAUUUCGUUACGUAAUUUCUCGAUACCCUUUUCUACUGUAGUUGAAUGAUCAACAAUUUUUUCUUACGCAACCAAAAUAAUGACUAUUCUUUCUGACCAUCGCCCGACCUCGCUCCGUUCUUGCGGGCCAUUUCCCAAUCAGAUUCGGCGCUGACAUUAAGCCGGGACGGUCGAUCUCUCAUAAGCGGACGUUUAGCGCCGCGCCUGAAUCAAGGUCCUGACUCAGGUGGAGAAGGCGAGGGCUUCCGGGGGUGUGGAUCUCCCAGAUUUCUCCUCCUUCGCACCGAAAUAGAGCUCUCCGCGUCCUAUUCUCGCCGACUGACCAUUUGGUUGUUCGCCGCUCCUUGCCCUCGACCAUCCGCUGCCUCCGCCCUUUCCUUUUAUGUUUUCUUUCCGCCCCGAGGGCAGGUGGAGGUGAGAAGAGUACACGUUUCCCUCAAACUCAUUCCUUUCCUUCUCACCCAACCAUGAACAUAUAUCCUGACCGUUAAAUAGCAACAUGAGAUAGCCUCUCGUGUUUUCAAUGUCGAUAUUUAUAAGCUUUAGGCGCAUCUCCAUGCGUUUUGAAUACGUGAAACGUGUUUUCAGUCCAUUCGGUUUAUUAUUUUCAUUCAACAUUCUAUUCGCUAGACAAUUUCUAAUGCUGUUUGUGUUAUGAUUGACCAUUAUUCUUUCAGACAACAUUAUAAUGGACGAUCCGCCCCUCGAACGGCCACCACCACCCCCUAAGGUAAGUCAACAACAGGGCUCGGGGCUGCCCUUUAUUGGUUCGAGCGCGUGAGAGCUAAUCCCCCUACCUUCGCUUCGACUAAUGGGUUCGCGGGAGGUUGAAGGUAGAUGGGAGGGGUUGCGCUCCCCUCUCGGCUCUUUUCUUGUUUUCCUCUGACCCCAAAAUAUUUUACUGAAAUGUUUUGGAAGUGUAUGCCUUGACGUUUCGAGUGUGUCAGAUCCGGCGUUCUUUUUGUUGUCCUUGAGUCAUAGCAACGGCCGGAGGGAAAUUGAGGGUUUCUGAGCAAAACGUAGGCGAAUUGGAAGACCUCUUUUAUGAUGAUUACGUUUAUGACACACCGUGUAAAACGUUGAAGAAUACUUAUGUAUAAGCAAAUUCCGGAAGAAACCUCUGUGUUUUUGCAAUAAAAAUUUUGGAAUGUCUACUCCCAAUCAUCUUCUAGUACGUGAGGCCUCUGACUGAAAUCGAUGUUCAUGUCUUCAAAAGCCCUGAGGACAUGAGUCAACGUUGACUUAACAAAAGUACUGAUCGCCCGAUUGUUAAAUUUGUUUGGGGCGUGUGUUUUCUUUGGGAAGAAUCCCCAAUUCUGAAUUCAGAUGCCUCUGCAUCUGAUCGCUUUUUGUCGAAUCUGUCGUCUUCCUCACCCCUGGGGUUCAGAUGCCCGACCGUAGCUGCUCCUUGAUCGCCCGCGACUGGUUUUAACCCCUUUAACGAUUUUUUGAAUUUUAUUGUCGGCGUUAAAUUAAUCGUAAUCUAAUUGAUGGUUUGACAAGUCUCUCGGAUGUUUGAGUUGGACCUGGGGCUGGGCUGAAGAUGUUGCACAAACAGAGUCAGCGCUGACUCACAACCUCAGGGCCUUUCGGUGAGACGAAGCCAGCGCUUAGAGCGCCUCUCUUCUGCCGACCGAAUAGGUCGUUUAACCGGUCAUUUGCGCGGUCUUCGCACUCUAGAUAUCUCGCGGUAUGUCUGAUGUGUGGUAUGUCUCUUUGUUGGUAUCUUUUCUCCAUUUUGUUGGCAUACUACUUGAACGAAGUUCACUUGACAUGGUUUCAACCUCCCUUCUUUUUGUAAGCCUUUCAAGUUUUCUAUUUUACAGAGCUAUGCGGACAGUACUGGCUACCGAACCGACGACGAAUUGAUGUCCGAGCGGAAUAGAUCGCGGGCUACCGUCCGCGAAAUCCCCAUCCAUCGCUCGCUGAGUGCAUUUGGCCCUGCUGCCGCAGCCAAUUCAAGUCUUGGCGGAAUGUCAUCGUACGCUCCAUAUAAUCAAGGUGGAACAACCACGCAUUGGACAACCACAAAGUACGAUCCAAUCACUGGUCAGCCUCAACAAGAGGAGUAUUACCGCAGAGAAGUAAGUUUCUCAUUGGUUUGUAGUCUAUUUCGAAUAAAAACGCAUCCUAUCUGUUACUUUCAGGUGUUGACUCGAACUCUCGUAACCCGAUCGACCGAGGCUUUGUCAGCUCCCCAGCCUCUGAGCCGCUCCUCCCCGGUUGAUCUCCGACCAUUACCAUCUCUACCUCCCCCACGAGAUGACAUCACUGUGGAAUAUCGAAUGAAAUACCUCAAGAAUGUCGAGGAGGAGGAACGUCGCAUCAAGGAAGACCAAGAACAACGAAAACGCGAAGAAGAUGAGAGACGGAAACGGAUCGAAGAACAGCGUCGCAUUUGGGAAAUCAAAGAAAGCGAACAUCUGGAGCGUUUGAGGAGAGAACGAGAGAAGAUUGAGGAUCAAUUCCAACAAGACAUUCUAGCUAGAGAAGCGGCCGAAAGGAAUCGGAUCGAGAGAGAUCGUCAACUUCGAGAAGCUGACGAACAACGUCGACGCGAGGAAUGGGAACGUCUUGAACAACAACGACGUCUACUGGAGGAAUCAGAACUUGAGAAGAGGAGGCGUUUAGAGAGAAUUGAGAAAGAACGACUAGAGAGAGAGCGUUUAGAAGCGGAGAGACUGGAAAGAGAACGUCUUGAGAGGGAACGGCAGGAAUUUGAAAGAAUGGAACAACAAAGAAUUGAGAGAGAACGGGUGGAGAAAGAACGCAGAGAAAUAGAGCGGUUAGAGAUCGAAAGAAUCGAACGAAUCAAGAGAGAACAGAGAGAAAAAGAAGAGCAGGAACGUCAGAGGCAAAAGGAAGAACAAGAACGUCUUGAAAAGGAACGACAAGAAGCCGAACGAAUAGCCAGAGAACGGAUGGAACUUGAACGACGUGAAAGAGAACUUCUGGAACAAGUCCGACGAGAAGCCGAAGAGAGGGAACGUCAAAGAAGAGAAGACGAACUUCGUGAAGCACAGCGACGAGCUGAGGAAGCUAGAGACAAAGAGAUCUUGGACAGAGCUCGUCGAGAAGCUCAGGAACGAGAGAGAAUCCGGCUUCUGACAGAACGGGAAGAACAGGAAAAAUUGGAACGACUGCGAAGAAAUCAAGAACGUAAGAAAAUGUUACAGUAACCUUAAGGCAAAAAUUUAGAACUUGAAAAUGAAAAGUUGGAAGCGGAGAAACGUGAACAACAACGUCUUGAAGACGAACGGCGGGAAAGGGAAUUCCUAGAGGAGCAACGGCGACUCCAGGAACGACGAGAGAAGGAGCGGAUUGAAGAAGAAUUAAGAGAACGGCAACGUCAAGAAGAAGAAAGGCAAGCGGCCGAACGCAGAAGACGCGAACGCUUGGAAGCUCAGGAAAGAGAACGGCAAAGACAGCUCGAGGAAGCCAUGGAACGGCAGAGACUGGCUCCAUUGGAACGAUCGGCCGCUGAACGUGAACGCCAGAGGCAGCAAGAAAGGGAAAUCGAGUUAAGAAGAGCCGAAUUAGAACGUCGAGCAAGAGAGAUCAAGGAUCAAGAGAGGCUCAGACAAGAACAACGCGAAGCUGAACGGUAAGAAUUUUCGAAAUGAAAACUUUACAAAACGUUAUGGUGUACUCUUUCUCUAUUACAAAUUUCAGAUUGGCCGAAGAGCAGAGACUCAAAGAUCUUGCUGACCAAGAACGCCGUAAUGCCGAACGCCGUGAUCGAGAACGUGCCGAAGCUGCUGCUCGUGAGGAACAAAGAAGAAUUGAGGAUAGAAGAAGUCGCGAGCAUCUGGAACAGAUUCAUCGUGAAAAGACCGAGAAAGAACGAUGGGAAAUCGAACGCAGAAAACUUCUGGAAGAACAUGAAGCCAUGGAACGACGUCGGCAGGCGCUAACUUCCAAGGAAACUCUUGAGAAACUGACACGACAGCCAUACUAUUCACGGGAGAACCUCUCGGCUCUCGAUCUUGGUGGUUCCCAACCUGAAGUCACAACUAAAGUGGAACGUCAGGUCAUUGAAAGAGUUGACCGAACACUCUGGACUGGCGAAGAAACUACCCGUUAUCCUCUUACGCAAUACCCUCAUUCAUCCCAUGACACCCACGACGAUCUACUGGGCCCUUCCCGAGAACGACGUUAUGACAUCAACAAUACGAGCAGAGAUGACGGCCGUGGAGCCACUAACCGGACAUCUAAAUUUAAAGCCCGAAUGGAGAAAGCUAAAAGAGAUUUCUUGAGUGAUGCUCCUAGUGGACAAGGUAAUAAAGAACAAGCGACAAUGCUAUAUGUUUAUAUACAAAACGUUCAACUUUCUACUUUUUAGAAUACGAGACCCGCCAAAUGGAAUACCGUGGUCCUUUGCUUCAAAAGUUCAAUUCGGGAGAGCUAAAGAGCCGCAUUGAAAACCCACCGCCAUAUCCCCAUGUCGGGCCGAGUCCAUACGACUAUGUAAGUGAAGUUCUGUAGCUCUGAGCGCCGCACCAGCACAUCCGUCUUUCGUGUAAAUAAAUGUAGAUACGACCCCCUAUUUGGCUUUGAAUGUCGCUUAUUUUCUCUGUUAGGAGUAUCACCGGUUGCUUGAGAAGACCGAAAGGCAGUUGGCCAGCUAUCGGCAGCGUCUGAACAAGUCCGCGGAUGCAGCCCAUGGCGAGAUCGGCCGCCAAGGCCUUCUGGAGACGGACAUCGAUCGACUGAAGAGGGAAUCGGUGAGAAAGAGUGAUCCUUCCUUUCCUUUGCUCCUGGCUCAGUUUCCGGCUUCCUUUAUUAACCUUUCUCCUUCUUUCCACUAGUUUCGAGUGCACUGGUCCUCUGUGAUUUCCCGUUUCUUUAGACCGAAGACAUUAGCCGAUCCAAGUCAGUUCUCGACUACAGUAUACAUCAAAGUCGUCGUGAUGUUCCUGAUGGUGCCCCGGAAACAUCACAUCUCCGGUCAAAGAGUGCUGAUUAUCUUAUGGACAAGAAGUAAGUAAAAAAAUUAAAGGUUCACUAUACUUUGUAAUUACAGACUACGCGAAGAUGCCGCUGCUCCAGAAAACGAACUUCAAAAGAACGCUGAUGGUCUUCAUCGUGACAGUGCAGCGCGUCUUACGGCCACGGAAUACUCCGAGAGCGAGAGAUUCCGUAAAUCAAUGGACAAACUGAUCAGCGUCACUCCUUCAUGGUACCAAGACAAUCUUCGUUCUCAGCCCCCAGCUCACACUCCAACUGAUUUGGGUUACAGUAGUCGUCCAUAUUCCCGCCAGCACUUCGAAAGUUCUCCCAGCCAAGGAUAUGACCGUCAUCCUAGUGGAAGUGCCAUCAGGGCAACAUCUCCCAUCGGUGGAAUCUCGUUCCCUCCGGGCAUGUUCGAUCGAUACAAAGGGGAGAUCGAGGAUAUGCGUCGCUCGAGGUCGUCGCUCCAUCAAGCCGGUGUUUCAAGCCCUCAGGAGCACACCAAGGUCUGUGUGUUGUAACGUGCUGUGAUGGACCUUCCCCUCUCCUACUUUCGUUUUUUUCUCUUGUGUUGCCACCUUCCUUUACAUCGUAUCUCUUUGUAUCCUGCCAACCCAUCCCCUGCCUUCUUUUUGGUUACUAUUUCCAUUUACGUUGUACAGUGCUUUUAUUCCGUGGUAUAAUAAACCCUCAAAGUUUGGUGUUGAGUUGGUGCUGCGGCUGUGUAUUGUGCUUUCCCCUGUGCACUAUGAGACUUAAACUUUACAUUCUUAUUUAAGGUGCCAUAUAACGCCCCAUCUACCGGAUAUAGUCGAGAGGUCAGUUUUUAAUUACCCAAUAAUGCGUAAUGAACAAAGUAGACCAUUUUUGGUAAAAAAAAUAAGAAAUUUCGAAUGAAAAAACGUUUUUACUGCAGGAGUAUGCGCGAACCAAUGUCCGAACAAUCAACACUGGAACAGACAGAGUACAGGCUGGGUAUACUGUAUCUACAGUACCCUCCAGCUGGAAUCUGUACCAGAAUCCGAAUUCUCGAGUGAUUGAAGUUGCGGAUACAUUCGUUGGACAGACAGACCGUGCUGAUGCCAGGUUUGGGGGCAAAAUAACCAUCGAAGAAGUGCUGGACGCCAUCUUCCAAGACACAAACCCGGCCGAUAUUCCGCCGGAUCCAAGUUAUUCCAAUUAUCCGCCACCAAGAAACAUCGAUGGCCCAGGAAUCUUUACUCCAAAUCAACACUUGAUGGAGCAAGUAGCACAAGAUCCACACAAUGCAGAAUAUCUGCUACGAGUAAGUCAUCAACAAUUGUUUUUUAAACGAUUUUCAUCUUCAGAAUGAACCUCUUAUUGUGCAAUGUCGUCGAUGCAACAAGUCAUCACAUAUAAGUCAUGCUAGAAACAGUUAUGUCAGUUGCAAGCAUUGCUACACUUACUAUUGUUCACGAGCAUGUCGUGUGGAAGACUGGGAUAGACAUAAGGAACGAUGUUCUUUCGCGAGAAUCACAACUCUAUGCAAAGAAGUCAUCGUAAAGGUCAGAAAUGACCCGGAGACGCAAUAUCACAUGUCCAAAAUAGCGCGCGAUGGGUACAGAAAAGAAGGUCGAGGCUCCGUCAAUAUAAGGAUUCUGUAAGUUACCCUGGUUUCUAUGACUGUUUCCAAUUCAGAUCUGCCCAUUCCGCCCAAAUGUACCUCAAAUACGGCUGGAAGUCACUGUUGGCCUAUGAGGACCCAGAAAACUUGUUGUUCUACUAUCCAAUUCAACAACUAAUCCAUCAACGGAAAGAACCAAGUCUAAUCCAAUUAUGUAGGAAAUACAAUCCAGAUGAAAAGUUCAUCCUGAGUGUGAGUAUCAUCGCGGAUAUCGAGCAAUGUCCUCAAACACCACCUCCGGAGGGUCAGCUGUCCGACCCGUACGCAGCUAUAAACAAACCAAUCCGCAAUCCCGCCCUCAGGCAGUAUGAUCGACAUGGGGCACUAGUUCCCACCGAUGUCUGA